CAGUAGCGAGGCUGGCCUGCCCCGAGCCGCUCGUGCUCGAGCCGCGUGCGCCACGCGCCCCCACGGCAGCUGUCCGGACAGCAGGCGUGAGCGCGAGAGCGAGGGGCACCUGCAGAGGGACAGCAGCGGGGACAGCAAGGACAGAGAGCGGGCCGCGUGUAGUGGACUGGCCCUGGCCGAGAUGCCCGACCGGGGGCGGCCGCUGUGAGUGAGCUGGGCGGCUGUACCGGCCCUUGCCGCGGUGCUUGCGCGCGCGCGCCCAUGGGACGGUGACACUGUGGAUUACUACCUAGCUCCCGGUUCCGGCCCGGCCUGCCUGGCCACUAGCGGAGGUGGCACCCGGAAUGAGCUGGUAGGGGCGGCCCGGGGCCGGGGAGGGGGAGGGGAGGGGCGCACAGGGCCCCACCGGGCCCCGCGCGGGCCGGGCUCAGUAACCAGGGCCCCGAGCUAGCCGAAUAGGCCACGUUGACGCCCUCGCGGGAAGCACUCUGCCACGGCACUCUGGAUUAUCACCAACGGGCCAGGGUGCGCGUGGACGCCUCCGACGCAUGGAGUGCAAAUGUCACCCACACCGAUAACACAACCCCACAUGUGAAUGCAGAGAGCCAGGCACCGCCCCGCGGGCCGCUCCCCGCCGCCACCCUGGACUCCAUCCUCAAGCAAAUGCGCGAGGCCGAGGAGCGGCGCAAAGACCUUGAACGCCAGCACGCUGACACCUUGCGACAACUGCGCCUGAAGCAGUCCGAAGUCCAGAACCCCAAUGCCGCCCUGUCCUCUGCGAGCCAUGGGCAGCCCGGCGGCUACGGAGGGGGUGGCGGGGCCGGCGGACCGGGGCCUGGGCCGAGCCAAGGGCCCGGCGGCCCCGUGUCCAUGCCCAUGUCGGGGAGCUUGUCCGGACCCACGUGCGCCGCACCGGGGCCGGACAGGGGCUCUGCCAUGGAGACCAUCGAGGCCCUCCAGUCUAAGAUCCGGGAACUGGAGAAGAAGACCGAGCUCCAGAACGUCCGGCACGAGGAGUUGCUGCUGGAGAUGGCGUCGAUCAAGCGGUCCGGGCCCGCGGGGAGCGGGUCGGGGUCCGGGCCGGGGCCCUCUGGGGCCUCGGGUCCGAUAGGCGGCUCGGCCGGGCCGUCGGGGUCCGGGGCGCCGGGGGCCUCCGCUGCUGGCAGCGGCUGCAGCUCGUCCGGCUACUCGGACCCCAAGGGCGUCUCCCUCGACUACCGCUCCUACUUCGGCGACUCGGCCUCCACCUGCUCGUCGCCCGCCACCGGUUUUGUGCCGUACGGCGGGGGCCGCCAGCUCGCCGGCCACCUCCCUUUGGGGCAGAGCCUCGGCCACCAGAGCCAGGGCCUGGGCCACCAGGGCCUCGCCCACCAAGGGCAAGGCCAGCACGACCAGCACCUGGGCUAUCAAGGUCAGCACCAAGGCCAGCCGCUAGGCCAGCACCAGGGUCAGCACCAGGGUCAGCACCAGGGCCAGCACUAUGGCCAGCACCAUGGUCACCAUCAGGGGCACCACCAUGGCCACCACGGCUCAGGCAUGUACACCCGGCCCACAGAUCUGACGACGAGGCCGCACUCGCCGCCAACGGCCUCCACCAACGCGGCCUCCAACACGGCAUCCAAAGCGCCGGCGUCCAGCGUCGAGAUCGACCGCAUCAUGGCCAAGAUAGAGCAGGACAACCGCAUCCUGGCCGAGCUGGACAAGACGAGAUCGACCAUCGGCACUACGGUGGACUCCACGCGCCACCAGACCAUCUCCGACGCGCUGGGUCUCCACUCGCACCCCACCGUCAGCACCCUGCCCCUGACUGGCAUGUCUACCGGCCUCGGGACCACCCUUCCCCUCGGGAUGUCACAGCCGAGCUCCCUGGUGCAGCAGAUGGGCUUCCUUCCCGGAGGGAGCUUAGGACUGGGCCUGGGCCGAACGCUGCCGGGGAUGAGCGGCAACCACCAGGCCAGGAUGAUGCCGCAGAUACCCGGCAUCCCGUCCAUAGUUACCACUCAGUACGACGUCGACAGAGGCAUCAUACCGGGACUGGACACUCAACACCUCAUGGGCGGCGGCAGCACACAGGGAAAGGUGGACAUGCUGGACAUACCUGGCAAGGGCCGGUGUUACGUGUACAUCGCCAGGUACUCGUACGACCCGUUCCAUCAGUCCCCAAACGACAACCCGGAGGCCGAGUUAGCGGUGAAUGCGGGCGACUACCUGCUCGUGUGGGGCACAAUGGACGAGGACGGCUUCUUCGACGGUGAGCUGCUGGACGGUCGGCGCGGCCUCGUGCCGAGCAACUUUAUCCAGAAGCUCAUCGGGGACGACCUCCUCGAGUUCCACCAAAGCGUGGUCCUGGGGCUGCGUGACUGCGACGACUGUGCGUCAACCACUCUUCCACAAGACCUGGAUUUUUCCAUGGGCCAUGAGUACUUCGGCGGGCGACGCUCCCGCCCCAGGAACAGGGACAAAGGCCGGGACCGCAAACGCUCGGCCAGGACGUCGCGCGCUGCCGCUGCCGCCGCGGCCCAGGCCACGCCUGCCGGUGCCGGCCCGCAGCAGGCCGCCCAGCCGUGUAGCAGCGGCCGGUCCUUGUCGCGUUCGUUGUCCCGCUCCCGGUCCAGGUCGCGCUCUCGCCCCAGGAAACACGAGAGCAUGUACGGAAAGCGCGACUAUACGUACAUGGACUUUGACGAAAUGAUGGACGACGAGGAUGAGGAUCCGAUGGGUGAAGGACCAGACCUGUUCUUCUCGGUGCUAGUGCCGGCACCGAAGCAGCUGACGCUGGAGCGGCAGCUCAACAAGAGCGUACUCAUCGGAUGGAACCACCCGGACAACUGCCCCCCCGGCGCCAUCGACUCGUACCUCUUGUACGUGGACGGGGUGCUCAAGGCCACUGUUAAAGCCACGGAGAGGACGCGUGCGCUCGUCGAGGGCGUUGACUCCAACCGGCCGCACCGCAUAUCUGUGCGGUCCAUCACGCCCAACCGGCGGACGUCGCGGGACGCGGCUUGCACCAUGGUCAUCGGCAAGGACUUGCCCCUCGGGCCGACCAGGGUCAAGGCGUCGCACGUCACGUCCACGUCGGCCGUCAUAUCCUGGCUGCCCGCCAACUCUAACCACCAGCACGUCGUCUGCGUCAACAACGUGGAGCUUCGCACCGUCAAGCCAGGCGUCUAUCGCCACACCAUCACGGGCCUCGCCCCGGACACGGUCUAUCGGGUUACUGUGCGCGCCAAAAACAUCAGGGCUCCACACUUCGACGAGAAACAUAACCUACCGAUGGAGAGGUACUCUUGUCACAUCGACUUCGUCACCCUGCCCAAAGCUGCAGGUCUGCCCGACCCUCCGGCCGAGAUCCAAGUGGAGCCCGGCCCCCAGGACGGCACGCUGCUCGUCACCUGGCUCCCCGUCACGGCCAACGUCACGGCCAGCAGCACCAACGUCACGGGGUACGCCGUGUACGCCGACGGCAAGAAGGUCACCGACGUCGACAGUCCCACGGGUGACCACGCGCUCAUCGACAUCGGCAAGCUGCUGGGGCUGAACCCGCGCCAGGUGACGGUGCGCACCAAGUCUAGGGACGCCCAGUCCGCGGACUCGGCGCCCACGCCCAUCCCGACAUCCAUCCUGCGGGGCAAGGGCCACAAGGACCGGAUGGGGCCCGGGCAGGGCCCGGCGGGGCGCUACGGGCCGCAGCAGCACGGCCGGCACGGGGUGCGCCGGGGCACGCGCAUGGACCAGCACGGCCAGAUGGUCAUCGAGACCGAGGAGAACCUCAGCGACAAGGAGGUGUACCCGGGCAACAGCAUGAGCAUCCCGUCCAUCGGUUACCACUCGUCUCUGGCCCCUAUCGCAGAGAUCACCAAGGACUCGGCGAGCGAGGCGUACAGCGAGGAGGACUACAUGGGCCGGCGCGGGCACCCGGGUCACGCGGGACACCACGGCCAGUACGACCAGCGGCCGGCGCCGCGGAGCCACGCCGAGCGGGGCCGGCCGCCGCUGCUACCGCACGAGCGGGGCCGACCCGUGGAGCAGUACGACCAGUACGGCAGGCUGAUCCGCAACCCCGGCGGCCAGGGUCCCGGGGGCCAGGGCUACCGCGGCGGGCCCAUGCAGCAGCAGGGCGGCCAGGGCCAGGGCGGCCACCAGCAGGGCGGCGCGGCCGCGCAGCGCCAGCAGCAGAACCGGGUGCGCUGGUUCGUCGGGCUCUACGACUACGACCCGAGCACCAUGUCGCCCAACCCGGACGGCUGCGUCGAGGAGCUGUCCUUCCGCGAGGGGGAGCGGAUAAAGGUGUUUGGCGACCGCGACGCGGACGGCUUCUACUGGGGAGAGGUCCGGGGUCGGAAGGGUUUCAUCCCGGAGAACACCGUGGCCGAGGUGACGAGCCCGGACGCAGGCAUGGGCGGCCAGGGCGAUCCCUACUACCAGCGCGGCGACCGUGUGGGGGACACCUACGCCGCCUCGCCUGUCAAGAAGAUGGUCGCCCUCUACGACUACGACCCUCAGGAGCUGUCGCCGAACGUCGAUGCAGACCAGCAAGUGGAGCUGACCUUCCGCACCGGGGACAUCAUCUACGUGUACGGCGAGAUGGACGAUGACGGCUUCUACAUGGGCGAGCUGAACGGCGUGCGCGGCCUCGUGCCCUCCAACUUCCUCACCCCGCUCAAGAAGCACCAGGAGGGCGACUUCCGCAACGGCGGGCCCGGCCCGGGCCCCGGCCGGGGCGGCCCCAUGGGCCCCGGCAUGCGGCCCGACCGCGGCCACGGCCCCGGCGCGCGGGGGCCCCCGCCACCCCCCAGGGAGGGUAUGCCCAUCGCCAGGGACAGGAGGCAAGAUGGCAACUUCCCUCAACCUUCACAGUUAGGCUAUCACCAGCAGGGACCGGGGGGACCCCCGGGGGGAAUGAGGGGGAGAGGCGGGCCGCCAGGGAGAGGUGGUAGGGGUAGAGGCUACCCCGGCGGCUACUCGGACGGAGGGCCCGGCGACUACAACCAGCACCAGCCCGGCCCGCCCGGCCAGGGCAUGCAACAGCAGCAGCAACAGCAACAACAGCAGCAGCAUCAGCAGCAUCAGCAGCAUCAGCAGCAUCAGCAGCAGCAGCAACAGCAGCAGCGACAGCAGCAGCAGCAGAUGAAGGGCGUGCCAAAGGUUGUGCCGGACUUUGUCAUACCCAACAACAAGGAGUCUCCGACGGCGAACACCACGUCCACUUUCCCCCCGGCGCCAAACCUGAUGCAGAAGCUCGGUGACCUGACGGCGGGUCUUACCGGCGGGGACAACCCCGCCGACAACCUGCUCUCCAAGGGCAAAGAGCUCAUCUUCAUGAAGUUCGGUUUAGGUGGCAAGUGAGGCCUGGCCUGUAUUUUCUAUUUCUUUUGUUUUCGCCAUGUUGAACGUUUUGCGCGAGAACUUUUCAAAGUAUGUUCCCCCGAGCAUACCACGCAUGGGGGCGCUACUUUGAUAUUUGAUCACAUAUCUAACUUGAGCUAUUAAGCCUACUACAUUUAAAGCAUAUUCUGUAUCAUUAAAAUUAUUUAGUGUUCGUUGAGAGAGCACAGUGUGUUGAGUGAGUGUUUAUUAUCGUUGCCAUUUUAAGCUAUAUAAAAUGUUAUAAAAUGUUUCCCCUUGUUGAAACGAUCUUUCCCCCGGGAACGUUCGCGCAGACCCUCAGUGGCGUGGCUGGCGUAUGUGUUACCACGAGGCCGCAAAGAAGCGGUCGCUUUCAUAUCUUAUUCAUAGUACAAUUUUUAUCACUGAAAAGCACCAAUCAAAACUAGUCCAGCGUGAUUCCUUCGUUAGUUAAGUCAUGUACAUACCUUAUAUCAUCAGUGAAUCAUGCGCGACUGAACUUGGGUUUGAUGCUCCUCCCGCAAGGGCAGGGGUGAGAUGGUAGCGAGGUACGCCACUGAGAGUUUGUUGCUGUUGUCUGCCCGUUCGUAACCUAGUACGUAAUGCUGUGCAUCACGUUGCUGCCAUGCUGGCCUGCACUGUUACCUGCACCUCUUGUACCCGACUGUACUGUGCUGAGCACAAAGUCUAUGGGGUGUGAUUUCUUUUCUCUCUCUUUUUAAAGAGGGUGUACUAUGCUUGUUGCUUUUCUGGGCGGGUCCCGCCAUUUGUUAAAUGUUGACGGUGGGAACUCGAUUGGAUAACUAUAUCAUAUUUGUGACUAGCUUUGAGCUUAUACGUAAUCCAAUCUAAUGAGUCUUUCAGAAGGCGAUUUUUGAAGCUGCUUCAUCGAUGACCUUGGAUGACUGUUUCUUUGUCCGUUAAAAAAGCGAAAUCGUAUGGUCAUUGGGCACAUGUUUUGUUGCUGUUCAUGUCGUGAUAAACUUCAGUAUUAUACGACACUUUUCGUCAAAUUUAGAACAAAUUAGUGUAUAUAAUUUCCUUCAAUACAACUUCAAAUUGCCCCCAAAACUGCACAUGCAUCGGCAUGUAUAAGAUCAAGCUUUCCUUUUAGCAGCCAGGCGUGGAAAAUUCAGUCGCCGGGUCAUGUAGUUUUCACUAAUGUUUACAUAAAGUAUUCCUUGCCUUCCAAAAACAAAAGUACCGUGAACUGCAUUGGCAUAAUAAAGGCCGAAUAAAUCACUUUGUCUAGGUUUUUUUUUGGUUGGCCUGUCAUAUAUUUUAUUUGUAUUACGUAUCAAAUAUUUCGUGUAAACCGUUUCCCCUACGAGAAAAAAAAAUGUGUUUCGCUGUCCAUAGAAAGUCCAGACUGUUUCUAAAUGUACUGUGUCCGACUAAGCCUUCAUUCUUUCAUAAAUCUGUUUCAAUCAGUUUAAAUCGGCUUCUUGCCUCAAAGAUUUUCAGUAGUAUGGUAGUAGCAGAAUUUAAACUAUUUACGUAGUUGGAAAAUAAUUGACUCUAACAGCAUUAAAGUUUUAAAAAUAGCUCAUUCGUAAUGCCAAAGAGUUUUUCAACAAUUUCUUCUCUAAUCUUUCUCACAUUUACUCUCAAGAUCUUAAAAUGCUUGCAAAAUGAUCUUAUUCAGAGCCACGAAAAUACGUAACAAUUUAGUGUAUGUGAAAUGUGCCACUAUCAUUGCAUUCAAAUUAAUCUAGACAUACCUACUGUCCAGUCUUUCACUUUGUGUUCAGGUUCAGGAAAGAGAACUUUGAGCUCUUUUCGCCCUUCUUAAUGGCAGACCCUACAUACUGCCAGUAUCAUACUGACUCAUUUAUCUUUACUCAUGUGUUCAUAUUCGCAUGUUGGUUAGGUCCAUUUAAAAAAUGUACAAGUCAAGAAAUAAAAAUCCGAGAAAAGGUCUAAACCACGAAUGAAUGUUUGUCAGGACAAAAUGGACAAUAUCCACCAAAGCUAUCUCCACCAAAGUUCUCUUUACCAUCUUGGUCAUAGUCAAAAUGGGCUCUUCUAAGAAAUUACGGCUAUUUUUUUAUAAGGUUAUCUGGCUAGCUUUAUUACUUUUUAGUUUUUAUUAUUCAUGUUAUCCAGUGUGCUGUGAGUGACCUUGGGCUUUGAUUACUGUUGUAUUCAAUAAAGCAGAAAGUUCUAAUUCACUACAUCCUCUCUCGUGCGCGAACAGAUCCUGAAUGUUCUGAGCUAAGCAUUUUUCGUUAGGACCAAUUAAUAAUGAUUAUUAAUGUACACAUUAUUAUUUAUGCUGUCAAGCAUCACGUUUGUUUCAUUUCAUGUGUAUUUUAGUUCCAGCCAUUGAAUGUAAAAAAAAAAGACACAAAAUUGCAAAGGCUGUUCUUGUAUAUGUUAAAUGUUUUAUUGAUGAGGUGAUACUAUGUAUAACCACUUAUUGUUCUAUGACAAUUAUUAUUUUCAUGCGCAAAAAGGUGUUUUCAAGUCUUCUGUGUUGUAACAGUAGCCUUUUUUCUGGGCUUGUGACGUGACUGUUGGUCUAUAUCAAUGCGAAUUUGUUAAACGGGUGAUGGUUUUAAUAAAGCUAGUAGGCUGUAUUGAGCAGCCCACUUGUAAAACA